AUGGGUUUCCUCAAGGGCGUUACACAGAAGAAGACCAACAGCGAGGCUGUUGUCAUAGCUCAGGAAGAGGCGCCGGAUUUUGAAAAGGUCAACUGGGUGAAGGACCCCGGUCUGAGGAAGCUUUACUUCUACGCCUUCGUUCUUUGCAUUGCCUCCGCGACUACUGGUUACGAUGGCAUGUUCUUCAACUCUGUCCAGAACUUCGACUCAUGGCAGUCCUUCUUCGAUCACCCCAAGGGAGGCCAGCUCGGUCUUCUCGGUGCCUUCUACCAAAUCGGCAGUCUGGUUUCGAUUCCUAUUGUCCCCUUCAUUGCCGACAACUUUGGCAGAAAGAUUCCCAUUGUCAUCGGCUGCUUGAUCAUGGUUGCCGGUGCCGUCUUGCAGGGCGCCUGCACAAGCAUGGGCAUGUUUAUGGGCGGUCGUGUCCUUCUUGGUUUCGGCAACUCCUUUGCCCAAAUCACUUCACCCAUGUUGCUCGCUGAGCUUUGCCACCCCCAGCAUCGUGCUCGCUUGACGACGGUUUACAACUGCUUGUGGAACGUCGGUGCCCUCGUCGUCGCCUGGCUCUCUUUCGGAACCGACUUCCUCGGAAACGAGUGGUCGUGGCGUAUCCCUGCCAUUGGCCAGGCGGUGCCCUCCGUCAUCCAGCUCGCCUUCAUCUUCUGGGUUCCCGAGUCUCCCCGUUAUCUCAUCGCCAAGGACCGCCACGACGAGGCCCUCGCGAUCCUGGGCAAGUACCACGCCAACGGCGACACCAACAACCCCACCGUCCAGUUCGAGUUCCGCGAGAUUCGCGAGACCAUCAAGCGCGAGAUCGCCGCCAAGAACAGCAGCAGCUACCUCGACUUCUUCCGCACCGCCGGCAACAAGUACCGAUUCAUCGUCCUCAUCUCCCUCGGUCUCUUCUCGCAGUGGUCCGGCAACGCCAUCAUCUCAAACUACACAAAUAUCCUCUAUGCCAACGCCGGCAUCGAGAGCUCCACCGCCCGCCUCGGCCUCUCCGCCGGCCAGACCGGUCUCUCCCUCAUCACCUCCCUGACCUUGGCCAUGCAGGUCGACCGCUUCGGUCGCCGACCCAUCUUCCUCGCCUCCACGGGCGGCAUGCUCAUGACUUUCGUCUUCUGGACCUUGUCUGCCGGCCUUUACGAGGAGCACGGCUCGCCCGGCUCCAACUACGCCAUGAUCUUCUUCAUCUGGCUGUUUGGCUUCUUCUACGCCUUCGCGUGGUCCGGUCUCCUCAUCAGCUACUCCAUCGAAAUCCUGCCGUACAAGCUGCGUGCCAAGGGUCUCAUGAUUGUCAACUUGACCGUCCAGGCCGCCCUCACGCUCAACAACUACGCCAACCCCUACGCGUUUGACUACUUUACCGGCCACACCUGGAAGCUGUACCUCAUCUACACUUGCUGGAUCUUCCUCGAACUCGUCUUUGUGUACCUCUUCUACGUCGAGACAAAGGGCCCUACGCUCGAGGAGCUCGUCAAGGUCAUCGACGGCCCCGACGCCCAGGUUGCGGACCUCGAUCUCGCGCAGGUCGAGCAGGAGAUCAAGCUCGGUCACGAGGCCGAGGAGUUGGAGCACAAGCGCGGUUGA